UCUAGUAAAGACUUCUCUUUGAAGUCGUCUGCUAAUUACUUUCGCUUUGUCCUAAAUGACCACAGCAUCUGAUCAUCGUUUAACAUUUACCCAGGUGUUAAGUUCUACAGCUUUAUCAGCAUGUAUAAGUCGAACCUUAACUGCACCACUAGAUGUUCUCAAAAUAACAAAACAAGUAGGCACAGUUGAGUCAAAAAGCAGUCUACAGAGUCUAUGUAAACAUCUGAGAAAACAUGAUGGGGUACGCGGAUGCUGGAAAGGAAACAUGAUAGGCUGUAUAAAAGUCUUACCUCACUCCUGGAUUCAUUAUCUGAUUUAUCAACAAUUAAAAUGGGAAUUUUCAGAUGAGCUUGGUAGAUUGUCAAUAGGAAAAAGACUUGCCACAGGAAUUGCUGCAGGAAUUGUGUCUACAGUAGCAGUUUAUCCAUUAGACUUAGUCAAAACCAGAACUAUUAUUCAGCCAUAUGAUAAAAGAUUAUCUGCAUAUAAAGGAGUUACAGAUACAUUCCAAAAAAUCUUAUUUAACGAAGGAAAGGGUACUUUUUACAAAGGACUACUAACCACUCUAAUUGGAUCUGUACCCUAUGCCAUUACCACAUUUUUAAUGUAUGAGGUCCUUGAUCAGUUAUGGAUACAACCAAGAUACAACCAUUCAACUGUUGAAGUUAUGCUUCAUGGAUGUCUAGCCUCCACUGCUGCUAUGACUGUUUCAUUUCCAUUCGAUGUUGUCAGAAGAAAAAUGCAGGCACAAAGUCCAGUUUUGGUCAAUAAUGGUGGAGUGGAUGUUACAUUUAAAGGACCCAAAGAUUGUUUCAGGGCUAUAGCACAAUUCCAAGGAAUAAAAGGUUUUUGGCAAGGAUUGACUCCAGCUUUGAUCAGGGUGUUUCCAUACCAUGCUUUGAUGUUUUUAUCCUUUGAUUUGUGUAAGAAGUUAUGCCUAUACCAAAAUGGAUAUUCCCAAAGUAUGAUUGACCAUGCAAUGGACCAGAAUAUUGAUUUAGAUGAACUACAAGAAAUAUUAGACUACGACAUUGAACUUCCACAGGAUCAAAUUUCUAAUGAAAGUUGAAAUACAGUGUUCACCUACAAGAGGAUAAAUACACAUAUUACUAUGAAUUGGUGUAAUACAAAUACCCUGACAACUCACAAGAAUGUCAAUACAUUUUUAUUAAACAUUUUUUAAUUUUAAAAAGUUAAAACUUAUUUCUCAAUAAUUCCAUUUUUAACGUUAAAUUCAUUCCAAUGUUUUAUGUUCAGUGUGGCUCAUGGCAACCAAAUUGUUUAUACAUGUUUAAACCAAUUUUAUGACAUCAAGACCAGACAAGAGUAUGAAUUCCCACACAGGUGAACUAGUUCUGUAAGUGAUGUUGAAAUAUUUUAUCUGGACAAAAUUGUUCAUGCAUUAUACAUUAAUUAUAUGUAAUGAAAUAGAAAAACAAAGGAUAUGGGGUAUCCAUCCAUGACACAAAAUCAGAUCAUGCACAGCAAAAAAUACACAAAAGCAAAGGAACAGCGCUUUUAUUGCUGUUCUUCAUCUUAAAGUCACAGUGAGGCCUUCAUAAUUAAGGUUAUUUUUACAAAGUUUAUUGAUGUGUAAACUUGGCCUUUCAGUCACAAAUUUUGAACCAAUUCAUUUUCACAGAAAACCAUUCACUUGUUCAUACUUUGCCUCCAACCUUAUGGCAGAGAGUAUUCCAUGUUUUUAUUAAUCCAAAAAAUUCAUAACUGUUCCCGCAGAACCCAGUGUCUCGCCUGAUUUCACUGUUGUCUAUGUUUUCAUUGUUAUUAUAACUUGAAUCCUGGACUGUAUCUUAAUUUUAAUGUUAACCAUCAAAAAAACUAAGUUCAUUUAUCAAUAAAAUACAGAAUAAACUGCUUCGCCGAGCGCAGCUGGAUACGACCGCAGAGGUCCAACCCUGAACAAUUGGGGCAAAAAUGGACACAAUAUUCAAGCUUGAUACAGGUCUGAAUUUGGAUUGUAAUUAAAUAUUUGACACAUUAUAGGUUUCUGACACAGAAUAAAUGUAGUCAAAGAACUUGAAAUUGGUUAUAUGAUUUGAAUUUAUAUUCAAUUAAAGAUUUCUUGCUGUUGUGCAAUACACUGUGCUGUUGGGCAAUACUUAGUAAAUCUGUUUUCAGCCUAUAUACAAAAAAUUAGGAAAAUAAAUUGUGACCCUUAAUUUUUUUUUUUGGAAAAUUGAUAAUUUCUUAAAUCUUGAGAGGAAAAAAUUGACCCCCCCC